CUUCUACGAGAACCAGCUCACUAAGAGCCCGUGGGUUGUACCAAUUUCCCACAUCCACGGUAUGAAAGCAUACCGACGACAUGGCCUAGUCACUAUGGCAAUCGAGCACCGGAUGUCACGCCUUUCGCCUGCAAGGAAUGACGCUUACGCAAUUGAGGUCAGGGCUAGGGCCUAUCAACAUCGUCUUACAGCGAUCCAGGCUUUAAAUAAGGAGAUCGAAAACGAGAGUACGCGAUGCUCUGACGCAACUCUGGCUGGCGUAAUCGUCUUCCUUUUCGGUGAUCUUAUGGGGAGUGCAACAGAGCCUAACUGGCGUGUCCACUUGAAUGGGUUUGCUGCGUUGAUUGCUAUGCGUGGUGGUUGGGAUGUGUUCUGUCAAAAGUCGCCGCAUCUCAAGUCCCUCGUGUUAUUCUGUAAAGUCAUCGAGAAUCUCGCCAAUACAACUAGCCCCGCCCACGACCAAGUGUCGCCAGUCGCAAACUUCAAGAUACGGAAUGUAGUGAGGGACGUAUUCUCGAUUGGAUAUUAUCCCCAGCUUCCAUGUCCAGUCGACUUACUCAUCGACAUCAUUCACAUCAACCGCCUUCGCUUCCAAGCAACGUGCAUUCAACCUGGAGGACCUCUCACCUCGAUCAGGAUUGAAGCAGAGCGUCUCCUAGAUAAGAUUCUAGACUAUUCGCCCGAAGUCUGGUCUAGUAGCACGGAGCCUUUAGCAGAUGGACACCUCUUAAUGGCCAAGACCUAUCGGUCAGCCGUGGCACUGUUUGGUGUUUCCUCUCUUCAAAGUGUGAAGGUCAUUCCUUUCUCGAAGGAUUGGAUGACGGUCAAGGAAACACAUCGUGACAGGCUGUUCUCUUUUCUCAGAGCCUCGCUUGCCUCUCCAGCAUUGAAGAUCUGCACCACAUGGCCAAUGAUUGUAGCCGGGUUCGAGGCGAAGAGUGGGAACCUGCCCAUGCGGAGCUUCGUUCUGGGGCGUAUGAAGGAAGACAGUCAGAGGAUGGGAAUCUAUCUCCCAGUCGCAGCUAAAGAGGUCCUAGAGAGAUUUUAUGCCUCUGCAGGAAACACCUGGGACGAUUGUUUCGACAGUCCUCAUGCGUUGUUCACGUAG